AGAGUCUCCAAAGGUAGAAACCUACAAAGAAAGAAAAGAAAAGAAAACUACUUACAGUGUACGAUAAUGUCUAUGAAGAGAGAGGUCUCUAUUUUACAGAGAGAAACAUUUUUAGAGAGAUAAAGUCAGUGACAAGCACCAGAAGAAGUAGCUAGCACCCGACAACCACACCAGAUUUUGGAUAAAAAGUAAGAUCCAUUGAGUUUGUUCUUGCACAUCAUGAUUUUCUCUGGUUCAACAACGAAGGGUGUGAAGAGAUGGGUUUGAUCAUGACCCUUUUGAUGAGUCACAUGCCCACAUAGCUCAGUAGUUAAAAUCGCGCUCUUUUUUGUGUGUUUUGUGGAAUUUGUUCAUGUGGGUCGUGCUAAUUCCCUUCGAUUGACGAGAGAAUUUACCUUCUAGUUCCAUUCAGAAUUGGGUUUCUAUUUAUUGCGUGAAAGAAGAGUUUUUUUUUUUUUUUUUUGAGGUGGCUCUGUGAAUUUUAAUGAGCCAUGGGGGAGCAAGUAGCAGCGGUGCACACUGCUUCUAACGCUUUGCAAGCAUUAGGGAGGGGUUUUGAUGUGAACUUUGAUACGAGGUUGCUUUAUUGUAAAGGAGUUUCAGGGUCUAGGGUAGUUGAGAUUGAUGAAGAACACCGUAGGGAGCUGUGGUUGUACAAGGAUGUGGCCGUUCCCGAUGUUUCCAGGGACAUUGGAUGCUCCCCGGAGGCCAUGGUGCGUCAGAGUUCUGGGGUCCGCAGUUUUCCAGAGAUGGUGGAAUACUUUAAUGAAAGGGCAAAUAUAUCAGGGAACUUCCCUAUUGGGAGUUUUAAUUCUGCAUUUAGCUUCACUGGUUCAAAACAUGUUGAUGCUGCAGCUACGAAAACCUUGUCCUCAGAUGGGUUUUACAUUCCUCUUGCAAAGGUUCAGCUUCAAAAAUCCCACCUAACGUUGCAAGGAAAUGUCAAAAAGGCUGUCCCAGUCAAUUGGGACCCACCGUCCUUGGCAAGUUUUAUUGAAAAUUUUGGGACUCAUGUCAUUACAUCAAUAACUAUGGGUGGUAAAGAUGUUAUUUAUGUUAAACAACAUCAUACUUCUCCUUUGUCAAAGUUGGAGAUGAAAAACUAUAUUCAGGAUAUUGGAAAUCAGAGGUUCUCUGACAUCAAUAGCCAAACAAGUUCAGGGCAAACAAAAUCCAAGGAUAAGGGUGUUGAUGCAUUUUCAUUCAAUAGUCAAGGGGUUUACCCCCAACCCACGACUGCAACAUAUCCUAUUGGGAAAGAAGAUGUCACAGUCAUUUUUAGAAGAAGAGGAGGAGAUGAUUUGGAACAAAACCACAGUAAAUGGAUAUCAACUAUCCAGUCCUCCCCAGAUAUCAUUGAGAUGACUUUCUGUCCUAUAACUGAUCUCCUUGAUGAAGUACCUGCCAAGGAGCAUUUGACUCGUGCCAUUAGUCUUUAUCUUGAAUAUAAACCUCCAAUAGAAGAACUUAGAUAUUUCCUAGAGUUUCAGAUUCCUUGUGUAUGGGCUCCUUUACAGGACAGGAUUCCUGGUCAACAAAGGAAGGAACCUGUAUGCCCAUCUUUGCAAUUCAGCAUAAUGGGCCAGAAACUUUACAUUAGUCAAGAACAGAUUACAGUCGGACGUAGGCCAGUAACUGGCUUAUGUCUUUGUCUAGAAGGAAGCAAGCAGAAUCGGCUGAGUGUUCACGUUCAACACUUAGUAUCUCUUCCGAAAAUCCUUCAUCCAUAUUGGGACAGUCAUGUCGCUAUAGGCGCUCCCAAGUGGCAGGGCCCUGAGGAGCAAGACAGCCGGUGGUUUGAGCCUGUUAAGUGGAAGAACUUUUCUCACGUGAGCACAGCACCAAUUGAGAACCCUGAAACCUUCAUAGGAGACUUCUCUGGUGUCUACAUAGUUACUGGAGCACAACUUGGAGUGUGGGAUUUUGGUUCAAGGAAUGUAUUGUACAUGAAGCUCUUGUAUUCAAGGUUACCUGGCUGCACGAUCCGAAGAUCGCUGUGGGAUCACGUCCCAAACAAGCCGCCAAAAACAGUGAAUGCUGAAAACACCUCCAACCCGGAUAACUCAACCCUUAGAGAAAAUGCCACAGCCAACAAGUUGGUGAAGUAUGUUGACUUGUCUAAGAUGACCAAAGGACCCCAAGACCCUCCUGGCCAUUGGUUAGUCACUGGUGGAAAGCUUGGUGUUGAAAAAGGGAAAGUUGUUUUGAGAGUGAAAUAUUCAUUGCUUAAUUACUGAUUCCACCUUUCGAGUUUGUGUAUGAAGAUGUGCAUGCAGUGGUGGCCUAUGCUAGAAGAAGCAGUGUUUUAGGUGCUUAUAAUUUGCGCUUUGUUGUCCAUGUGAAAACAUUUUGAGGUUUGAUGACCUGAGUUGAAUAGGAAGCUUUUACUAUUAGUGGAUUAUGAUUAGUGGAUGCAUGUUGUGGUGGUGGCAAAUGCUGUUUAUUUCCAUUGCCACUGUUGAUGUGAUGUCCAUAUCUCAUAGGAGUUAGAACCUGUUUUCACCAUGCCCCAUUUUAAAGUAAUGUUUAUAUCCAUAUAGAUUUGAGAAUACAAAAUGACAAAAAUCCUUUGCUUCCCCUUUCUCUUAUACAACAAAACAAGACGGUGACAGAAAGGGGGAAAAGGUGGUUAGUGAAGUUGAACAUUCUUAAUCUAUCGUUUUAUUUGUGGGACUUUCCUUAA